GACUUCAUACUCAGCUUUCACCUGGGACUCCUGGGACGUGCAUAUUUUCUUCGGUCGUGUGUAGUGCGUAGGAAGAGGUAUCAUGCUCCGUACUGUGCUUUCUCGGGUAUCGACCCGGCUGAGUCGACUCUCGGUGUGUCACUACUCUGCGGCCGCCAUCCCAGCGCCCAACACUCAGCCCGACGUCCAGUACAACAAGCUGUUUAUCAACAACCAGUGGAAGGAUGCAAUCAGUGGGAAAACCUUUCCUACCAUCAAUCCAGCGACUGGUGAAGUCAUCUGUCAAGUGGCUGAGGCUGAUGAGGCAGAUGUAGAGGUGGCAGUCAAAGCUGCUCGUAAUGCCUUCGCGUUGGGGUCACCUUGGCGCCGGAUGGAUGCCUCUCAUCGUGGUCUGCUACUCAACCGGCUGGCCGAUGCCAUUGAGAGGGAUUCUGCCUACCUUGCUGAAUUGGAGACUCUUGACAAUGGGAAGCCAUAUGCAAUUUCCUAUGCUGUGGAUCUGCCUACUGUGGUGAAAUGCCUCAGGUACUAUGGAGGCUGGGCUGACAAAUGGGAGGGGAAAACCAUCCCCAUUGAUGGAGAUUAUUUCUGCUACACCAGACAUGAGCCAAUUGGAGUCUGUGGGCAGAUCAUACCGUGGAACUUUCCUCUCUUGAUGUUGGCCUGGAAACUUGGCCCGGCCCUUGCAACUGGUAACACUGUGGUGCUGAAGACUGCAGAGCAAACACCACUCACAGCACUCUAUGUUGCUAGCCUGAUCAAAGAGGUGGGUUUUCCUGAAGGUGUUGUAAACAUUUUGUCUGGAAUGGGACCGACAGCUGGGGCUGCCAUUGCAAGACACAUGGAUGUUGACAAGGUGGCCUUUACUGGAUCCACAGAGGUGGGUCAUCUGAUCCAGCAGGCUUCAGGCAGCAGUAACCUGAAGAAAGUCACUCUGGAGCUGGGAGGAAAGAGCCCCAAUAUCAUCCUGUCUGAUGCCAACAUGGAAGAUGCUGUGGAGCAGUCCCACUUUGCCCUGUUCUUCAACCAAGGCCAGUGCUGCUGUGCUGGCUCUCGAACUUACGUCCAAGCAGACAUCUACGAUGAGUUUGUGGAACGCAGUGCUGAACGAGCCAAGAGACGAGUGGUUGGGGACCCUUUUGAUUUGAAGACAGAGCAGGGACCUCAGGUAGAUCAGGAGCAGUUCAAUAAGAUUCUGGGCUACAUCAGCAGUGGGAAGAGAGAAGGUGCCAAGCUGAUGUGUGGAGGAGGAGUGGCUGCAGACAGAGGAUACUUCAUCCAGCCAACUGUGUUUGGAGAUGUCCAAGACAACAUGGUCAUUGCCAGGGAGGAGAUCUUUGGUCCGGUGAUGCAGAUCUUGAAGUUUAAAACACUGGAGGAGGUAGUGACAAGAGCCAAUGAUACUAAAUAUGGUCUUGCAGCCGCAGUGUUUACGAAGGACAUUGAUAAGGCCAACUAUGUGUCCAAUGCUCUCCGUGCUGGUACAGUCUGGAUAAAUUGUUAUGACGUGUUUGGUGCUCAGGCUCCAUUUGGAGGCUACAAGGCUUCAGGGAAUGGCAGAGAGCUCGGAGAGUAUGGUCUGGACAACUAUACUGAAGUUAAAACGGUGACCAUCAAGGUACCACAGAAGAAUUCUUAGACAUGUGCACUGAGGCCAGUGAGCUGCUGAUUGCUGUCAGCCAGAAAAAUGAUGAGAAGAGACCUUAGAGUUUGAUACUCUGCUGUGAUCUGCACUGAAUAAUUCUGCUUGCUUUCUGAUAGAUGUAAGCAGAGCAUUCCCUUUGAAGCAAGCUUGAAUCUUCGCUAUGGAUUCUUUUUGACAGUGAACUAAAACCCCACUUAAACUUUACAGCAUUAAAAAUAUCAUAGUUGCCAAAUUAUAAAUACAUUGAUUACAGCAUUUCAUCACAACACAGAAGAUAUUUCAAUCACUAGAAUUUAAAAAACUGUUCAUGCACAUGCUUUUCAUGCAUAAAAAUAUUACAGCAGUAGUUAUUAAAUGUGAACUAAACUCUGUAAUCUGGAGACUGAGCUUUUUUUUGUAAUUUUUCAGAAUAAAUGUAUUUGAGGUAU